UUUUCAUUAUCAAUGUCAAAGCUCGCAUUUUUCCCCUUCUCUUUUUCGGUUCCUCUGUUUUCGUUUCAUUGUCAGAAAAUUCACAGGAUCAAAAGACAAAGAAGCAGUAGGAGAGAGAGAGAGAAAUGCAUCUAUGGCCAUCAGUUAGAAUUAGAGAUUCAUUCAAAAUAGCUUAUCUAAGAAAACUAGAAUGGAACCUCCAUAGGAUGAAAUCGGAGAAACGAUCUUCUUCUUCUUCUUCGCCAAGGACCCCAAGCAACCAACAAAAACUCUUAAAUGACCAAGAAGUUGCUGACUCAGAUUAUGCUUCUUCCAAUUCCUCUGCAAGUUUUAUGGCCGUCUGUAGAGAGAUUUUCAUGGUCCUUUCUUGCUGUUACUGUUGCUUCUGCUGUGGAGCUUGUGUUGAUCAAGAAGAUAAGUGAUGCAGUAAAUGGCAGGUAUGGUUUUGGAUGCUGAAUCCAUCCCUUGACCACAGAAUUGCACAAAAUGAUGUAGCUAGAAAUAAAAGGAAAAAUACUUUUUACAAACUGAAUGAUAAUGACUCUCUCUCUCUCUCUCUAUAUAUAUAUAUAUAUAUAUAUUAUGAGAUAGUUGUAGUAGUCAUGUGACAAUCCUUGGACUAUUGCUCUCUUAUCAGACUUGUACAGUUUAUUUGAUUGUUAUAGGAGUAUGAUAUAUUACAAUUAUUGUUACAUUGUAUUGACUCAUCACAUUUCAUGAUUUUUUUUCUCUGCUAGACUUACCAGAAGAGGUGUUUAUGGGUGGGACUGUAUAGGGUUCAUAUUUAAUAUUAAUAACAUAUUCUUGUUUCGGUUGGACCUAAUAUUU